UGAACACUUUGUAUCCCCAAUCUAGCGCCAGCAUUCCAGCAGAAUCGACUUUCGUCAUUCCAUUUCAACACGAUUGUGUGAGCCGGUGAAACCUGACUGUUUCGGAAGGUUUCUUCCACUCGGCUGUUCAUGACCUUUCCAUCUUCUCCAGCUGACUCCCGUCAUAUACCCGGCGCAUCGACUAGACUUCCUGCGGCCGUCGCAGUACAGUCGCGAGAGUGUGGCGAUGUCAGCCCUUUACCAAAAGAUCCAAAUUCGCCGUUAGCAAUCAAGGCAAGCCCAUUCGCAAGAUCAUGGGCUCAUUUCUUCGCUGGAGGCCUGGGUGGCAUGAUCUCAGCGACACUUACUGCACCUCUUGACGUGGUGAAAACCCGACUACAAUCCUCAGAUUUUUACCAAGCACAAAUUGCGGCAUGGCGCGCGGCAAAGAAUAUCCCACAUCCCUCUCAACUGUCGUUCGCGCGUAGUUCGCUUCUGCAUAUUCGAGAAACUUGUCAGAUCUUGAUUGCCAUUCCCAGAGUAGAAGGACCUCGCGCUUUGUUCAAAGGAUUGGGUCCCAACCUCAUAGGCGUCGUCCCCGCACGCGCCAUAAAUUUCUACGCGUACGGAAAUGGGAAGAAGUUGAUAAGCCAACAUUUUAAUCAUGGACAAGAAGCGGCGUGGGUUCAUCUCUCAGCAGCUGCAUGCGCAGGCAUCGUGACGGGCACCGCAACAAACCCAAUCUGGCUAGUCAAGACGAGGCUUCAACUUGACAAGUCGCAAGCGAAGGAUGGCAGAGGCAGGCAAUACAAGAACGCUUUCGACUGCACUAUGCAGACUCUUCGAAAAGAGGGCAUUCGUGGACUGUACAGGGGUCUCAGUGCAAGCUAUCUCGGCGUGACCGAGAGCACAGCCCAGUGGAUGAUGUAUGAACAAGGGAAGAGGCAGUUAAGGCUGAGGGAGGAGCGGCUUGUAGAGUCUGGACGGCCGAGGACAAUGUUUGACAACUUCGUAUCGAGCACAGGCGAGAUGUUUGCCGCUGGCGGCGCUAAGUUCCUUGCUGCUAUCAUCACAUAUCCUCAUGAGGUUGUACGAACGCGACUACGGCAAGCUCCCAUGAAGAAUGGUGAGCUCAAGUACACGGGCCUGUGGCAGUGCUUCAGGCUUGUUUUCAAAGAAGAGGGCAUGGCCGCAUUGUACGGUGGCCUUGUCCCUCACAUGAUGCGUGUCGUACCGAACGCCGCAAUCAUGUUCGGCACCUAUGAAGCUGUGCUAAGAUACAUGGGUGAGGACUCAAAAACUUGAGAAGCAUAACAUCAGAUUUGCAUUCGUGCAUUCAUUUUCGUAUGUUAUGACAUGUAAAAACAACUGAAAAGUCGCCAUCCCUUGGAGUACCGCAUACGCUUCAAAACUUAAGACUCCGCUUUGGUGAUAGGACUUGUAGACAUAGAUGUAUCUGGUCGCGGUGGGUGAAACAAAGGCCCGCUGCGAAGUGUACAAAUAGACAACGACAGACAAAUCAAUCUGCUCAUAUUAAGGCUGAAUCAUCCUCUGCACCGUUCAGAAUGAGUGAUUGAUGAAACCUUCCC